AUGAAAUUCUCUACUAUAUUAGCCGCAUCUACUGCUUUAAUUUCCGUUGUUAUGGCUGCUCCAGUUUCUACCGAAACUGACAUCGACGAUCUUCCAAUUUCGGUUCCAGAAGAAGCCUUGAUUGGAUUCAUUGACUUAACCGGGGAUGAAGUUUCCUUGUUGCCUGUUAAUAACGGAACCCACACUGGUAUUCUAUUCUUAAACACCACCAUCGCUGAAGCUGCUUUCGCUGACAAGGAUGAUUUGAAGAAAAGAGAAGCCGAUGCUUCCCCAUGGAGUUGGAUUACUCUAAGACCUGGUCAACCAAUCUUUAAAAGAGAAGCCAACGCUGACGCUAAUGCUGAAGCAUCCCCAUGGAGCUGGAUUACUCUAAGACCUGGUCAACCGAUCUUUAAGAGAGAGGCUAAUGCUGAUGCCAAUGCAGAUGCCUCCCCAUGGAGCUGGAUCACUCUAAGACCUGGUCAACCAAUCUUUAAAAGAGAAGCCAACCCUGAGGCCGAGGCUGAUGCCAAACCUAGUGCUUGGAGUUGGAUUACAUUAAGACCUGGCCAACCAAUUUUCUGA